GAAUACCCUGCCAGACACGAGGGCAUUUCAAUUUUGUCACAGCGACCGGUCAAUCUUCUGUCUCUUCGCCGCUCGCCAACAACCAACGCCGACCCUUCGACUGUUCGACAGCGCCUUCACAGUUCCGAACGUUUCACGCCUCUCCUAGGCGCAGCAACAUGUGGCAUCAUACCCCGCCAUCGCCCUCCCCAUGUGCGGCCAGCCUCCUCCUCGCCGCCUUCCUGGCCCUGACAGCUGCAGCCGCCGGCUCCGUGGCGGCGGCUCCCGUGGGUGCUGCUGCUACAGCCACGGGCGGCGGGCGGCGCAUGCUGCUGCAGAGCUACAGCAACGGCGGCGGCAGUAGCGGCAGUAGCAGAAGCACGGACGGCGAGGGCGGCGGGGGCCUGCAGCAGCAGGCCGAUCCCUCCUCCCCGCCACCUCCGCCACCGCCGGCUCCCCCUUCUGCGGUGUCGCUGCCGCCACUGCCGUACAGUUAUGACGCCCUGGAGCCCGUCAUCUCAUCACAGAUCAUGCGCCUGCACCACGACACGCACGAGGGCGGGUACGCCGCCCGCACCGGCGACCUGGUGGCCCAGCUGCCGCCCGACCGCCGCAACGUCACACAGCUGCUCACGCAGGUGGGCAGCGGGUUCCUGCCUGCCGCGCAGGAGACCACCCUGCGCAACCAGGGCGGCGGGCUGUGGAACCACGAGCUGUUCUGGAAGGUGAUGGCCUCCCCCGGCUCCGCCCCCACCUCCCGCGCCAACAUAUCGCCGGGCCUGCAGUCCGCCAUCGACGCUGCGUUCGGGUCCGUGGAUGCCAUGCUGGCUCGGCUCAAGGCCUCCGCCGACGCCGUGUUUGGCAGCGGCUGGGCCUGGGUGUGUGUGCCCACAGGCGGCGGCAGGGGUGGCAGGCUGCAGCUGCUGGCCACAGCCAACCAGGACAACCCGCUCAUGCAGGUGGUGAUCAAGGAGCCGUGCGCUCCCAUCCUGGGCCUUGACGUGUGGGAGCACGCCUACUACCUCCAGUACCAGGCCAAGCGGGCGGACUACACAAAGGCCUGGCAGCAGCUGAUAAACUGGUCCGCGGUGAGCUCCUUCUACGCGGCCGCUACGACUGGGGACCUCAGCUACAACAUCUGAGGCCGCGGCGGCCGUGCGCAAUGGAUAGGCGUGCGUGAUGAGAGAGGUGCGGUGCCGCGCACAGUCCUGAGAAACCCAGUCCUGAAAAUUCAGAAACUGAGAAAUCCAGAAACUGAGCACGUGAUGCCGUGUUGUACUCUGGCUAUGGGCAUUUUUGCGAGAGGAUUUAGAUGGGACUGCCAUGAUGGAUAUGAACAGGUGGAGGCGGAUAUGAUGAGAGGCUGAGAGGCCGAGGGACUAGAGAGAAGGGGAUGUGGACAUGUGGUUGAAGUGAUAGGCGGGAAUGAAGGAUUGUUGGCACUGUGGGCAAGGGAUGGACACAGCACUCGUAUCUUCCUUCGUUCGGAACGAAAUUGGCCCAAAAAGGCCUCUGGCGGACGAUAUUUUUUUGAUCUUGACUUGGAAUUUCGGCCAAAACGCACGGGAUCUUGGGGGGUCUUUCGGCAAACAGACGAAGACAUUUUUGGGAUUUCGGCCACCUUUGGCCAAGGACAGGGGGUUCCAGCGGCUACUCCACGGCCGAAACCUGCGUGGCAUAUGGUAAGAACGCUCAAAGG